UGAAGUGGUUGGUUAAUCGACAGAAGAGGAAGGGACGAGGGAACUGUGGAUUCAGAGGGACCGAGGGAGGACAGCUCUGUCGUUAAACACGAAAAAAAUAUCGCUAUUAUAUUGAAGAUCGUCAGUGUGAAUCGGUGCUUCUCGGGGUGCAGCUGUACUUUUACUUUGGACUCUGUGGUAGGCUGCUUAGUACUGAAAGGAGUAAACUGCAACUUUCAACCUGUUAAUCAGCCGUUUAGUAGGCUACCGGAUCGACAGUGCCCUAGGAUGUCACGCUAUCCAACAAGGUUUUUUCAUCUUUCGGCUAAAACUUGUUUCUACGCCUCUACGUUAUAGGUUGGGACAUGCGCGUGACGGACUGAGCUGUUGCCAUGGCGUCUGCGAGGCUUCCGUUCCUGUCCGUCUGUGUGGCGUGCGCCGUCGGCCUGCUCCGUCUGGCCCGAGGGGAGGAGUCAGUUGUCCAUGCUAAGGUGGGAGGAGUGGCAGAAUUGGGCUGCAGGCUGGCCUCGGAUGCCACGCCCCCACCGCUCUUCCCCCUGCAUGUGGUGGAGUGGGUGCGGCGAGACUUCGAUGUCCCGGUCCUGAUCAAGUUCGGCCCAUACGCCCCCCGCGUGCAUCCGAGUUUUGAGGGCCGUGUGUCUCUGUCCCGUGGCGCCGCCCUGCUGGUGCAGCAGGUGCGACUGCAGGACGAGGGCUGGUUUGAGUGUCAGAUCCUGCGGCUGAACAGGACCAUGGGAGGGUCUGUCAAUGGAACCUGGGUCUUCCUGUCUGUCUCAGCUCCUCCCGAGUUCACCAAGACCCCGCCCCCUGUCAUCGAAGCCAUGCAAGGUGAUUCGCUGACCCUUACCUGCAGUGCCCAUGGCAACCCUCCACCAACCAUAAUCUGGACAAAGGAUGGCAUGCCAGUCGGGAAGACAGAAGAGACCGAGGUGGUGGAUGGCACAUUGACAGCAGGGCAGGUGACCAGGCGGAUGGGGGGCAUGUACAAAUGCCAUGUCUCCAACACGGAGGGCAGUCUGACUCACACAACUCAGCUCAGGGUCAAAGGUCCUCCAGCCAUCCUCCUUCCUCCAAAGAACACAACGCUCAACAUAUCCCAGAAUGCACAGCUGCAGUGUCGGGCGGAGGCUUAUCCCCCAAACAUGACGUACGUUUGGUGGCGACACGGAGAGAACGUCUACCACAUAGACUCACUGAAGUCCCGUGUGAAGAUUUUGGUGGAUGGCACCCUCCUUAUCCCCAACCUCAUUCCAGAGGAUUCUGGGAACUACACCUGUAUGCCCACCAAUGGGCUACUGACUCCACCUACUGCCUCAGCGUACCUCACUGUGAACCACCCUGCCCAGGUGGUGCAGAUGCCUGCGGUGACCUACCUGCCUGCAGGCAUGGGGGGCAGAAUCGUCUGCCCUGUGAGCGCCGAGCCCCCUCUCCUCUCUGUUCGCUGGACCAAAGAUGGACAAGUCCUGGACCUGAACACGUUCCCCGGUUGGAUGCUCAUGGCAGACGGAUCCAUAUUCAUCGCAGCAGCCAAUGAGGAUGCGGUCGGGACGUUCACCUGCACGCCCUACAACAGCUAUGGGACCAUGGGCCCCUCCCAGCCCACCCAGGUGGUCCUCCAGGACCCCCCCUCGUUCAGUGUGCUCCCCCAGGAGGAGUAUAAACAGGAAGUGGGCACCCAGCUGGUCAUCCCCUGCCAUGCCCAUGCAGACCCCUCCCCCAGCGUCACCUGGGCCAAGGUUGGCCCCGCCCCUCGCUCGCCUUACAUGGUGGCAGCUAACGGUUCACUGGUUCUGCAGCCGCUCAGUAAGGACCACCAUGGGGCGUGGGAGUGCCUCGCUGCCAACCGCGUGGCCACCAUUAGAGCCAGCACCCGCGUUUCAGUGCUGGGCACCAGUCCCCAUGCUGUCUCCACUCUGUCGGUUGAUCCGGGGACAAACCAGGCCAACGUGUCCUGGGUACCAGGCUUUGAUGGAGGACACUCCCAGAAGUUCACUGUGUGGAGGAAGCAGACAUCAGGGCAGAAGCCGGAGUGGGUGUCCGUGCCCGUCCCCCCGCCUGUCCCCCACCUGCUGGUCACAGGACUGCUCCCGGGCACCGAAUACCAGUUCAGCGUCCUGCCCCACAACAGAGUGGGAACCGGGCCCUUCAGCGAGAUCGCCACCGUCAAAACCCUCGACCUGCCUCCAGCUGUUACUAUGGUUCCCGCACUGGUGCCACCCACAUCACUCUCAGCCAAUCAGAGCUUGAAUGGGAUUGUUCUGCGGUGGGUGCGACCCCCACCUCAGGGCCCACCCCUCUCUGGCUUCAUCCUCCAAUUACGGCAGGAAGGGGAGGAGAAGUGGAAUGUUUUAGAAGGGGACAUCGGAGCCAAUGACAGUGAGAUCCUGCUGCAGGGACUGCAGAGGGACCGCAGCUAUGAGCUGAGGAUGCUGUCUCUCCGGGACGGCCUAAUGAGUGCCCCCAGUCAGCCACUCAACGUCUCCACUGCUGGAAUGGGGGCGUUCCCAGCGAGGCCCCGCCUCCUGGAGGGCGAGCAGCAGCCGCAGCUGGCGGGCGCUCUGGCUGGGGCGGGCGUCCUGUGCGCGCUGCUGCUCCUCCUGCUGGGCGCGGCAUGCUUCCUGAAGCGCAGCAAACACCGCCGCCACCAACGCCGCAAGAAGAGCGGAGAUAUCCCCGAUGCCCUGCAGAAAUGCCCCCCUGGCAAGGGCUCCUCUCGGGCAGACAGCCCUGACAGUGUCCUGAAGAUGAAGGCCUGCCUGCUGAACACCAUUUUCCCCAAAUUCCCAGCGUCCCGCUCUGAGCCCUCCCCCUCGGACAAUGGCGAUUGGAGCGAGUGUCAGGAGCAGGACAGGGAGCUGCUGUCUCGGCCCCGCCCCAAGAGCCGCCUGUGGGGCUGCGGAGUGGGCCAGGGGCCGGACGUCCCGUCUGCCGUCGCCCUGAAGUCCAUCUCGCGAGGGCCCGACGGCCGAUUCGUGGUCCGGCCCUAUGAGGACGGCUCCGCCUCCAGCUGCGUUGAGGACAUCCCAGAAUUUCCAGGGGGAGGCGGAGUUCUGGAAAACGGGCGUACGUCGCGCUGGGACUGCAGCAGGUCGUGCUCGCUGUGCUCGGAGCAGGACGACCUGGCCGUGGUGCUCUCAGUGGACCUGCCUGACGCCAGCACGGGGUCCUGCUCCGAUUCGGGUUCCGGCGCGGACCCCUGUGGCUCCACCGGGCUCAGCACCCCCUCUCUCCCACGGCCGGGGUUCCUGCCCCAGGACGGCAGGGCGCUGGUGACACAGAUGGAGCGGGAGAGGGAGUCGGGACACCUGAGCCGGUGUCUGGCCCUGGCGCGGGAGCGGGAGGCCCUGGAGAGGGAGCUGGAGCUCUGCGAGGCGCGGCUCAGUGCACGGGCCUGGCGCAAUGAAUGCUGGGACACCGGCUCCGCUCAGGAGGACUCUCAGCUCAGGGGAACCGACUGGCCUCCGCCUGAUGCCGGAGGGGGGCGCCAUUUGGGGGCCGAUACGGCGGAGCCGAGUGUGUCCUGCACCCUGAGGGACAGCUGCCCCAUUGCCUCCGUCUCCGGCAGCGUCCCAGCCCCCCGCCUGCAGGGGACAGCAUGGCCACAGGAUCUCCGGUGGGAGGACCCAGGCGCAGGGCCCACCAAUCUUGAAAGCGCAUGCCUGCUUUCAGAUGGCAUGGAGGCGGGGCACAGCCAUCGGAGGGCUCCUUCUAAGGGGUCUGCGGGCAGGUUUGUUUCUAUGCCAACAACAGAGGCUAGAUCAGACAAGGGGAAAACUGACUCUUUUUCCCAGAAUUCUACUCACCCGUCCCAGCGGCACUUUCUCCAGGGAGGAGAGGAGGAGGGGGGCAGGGUUGAUCGGGGGUAUUCUCCGGGCUCCACCUGGCCGUAUAGCAGAGGAGGGGGAGGGGGGGCACAUAAAACUGGAGGGGCAGAGAGUUUGGGAAUGACCCCCAGUGGCAGCAGCACCCCGUCAUUCCCUGAGACUGAUAAAGAGGUCAUCAGGGCUCAGCUCUGGAGCGCUGACCAGUGCCUCCGCAACAGUUCAUGUGGCAAAACGCCUUCCACCAGCCCGACAGGAAGUGGCGACGGCAGCAGUCGGCCGGACUCCUCCGUGAGCCGAACCUCCGGUUCUGCACGACCGGACCCGAAGCCGCACCCCUACCAAGCGUCCCAGCCGCACAGCAGCCCAGUCCUGCGGUACCUGAGCCUCCCAGGGUUUGUGGAGAUGAACGUGGAUGAGCCCGUGGACGCGAGCGUUCCUGCGGGUGGGGCGGCCGGUCAGAGUCGCGGCACCCGGGCGGGAGAGCCGCUGGCCACAGGCCCAGGCCCGAGACCCGGCGGAGCGACGCUCAGAGAAAGCCGCCAUCACCCCGCGGAGCCCGGAGCUGCUGGCUGGGGAGGGAGGGCGGGGUCUUCAGGCGGAACCCUCCGCAGGCCGCUCAGACGCUCACGGAGCUUGACGCGCGAAGCCCCGGCUGGGCGGGGCGGGCGGGGGGGCCAGACCGGGCACUCAGACCUGCACAGGGGGAGAGCGAGCUGGGGUUUGAGUUUUGGGCAGGACACAGACCCAGCUUUGACCCAGACCACAGGAGGCCCCAGAGCUCAGGCCAGCAGGACACACCCCUUGCCCUCUGUGUGUGAUGCUGCACCUCAGGGGUGCGGCCAGGCAGCCAGCAGAGGGCCAAGCAGGACCCAGCGGGACGUACCACCAAACCUGCCGGUCAGGAAGUGGGCCAGUCUGAAAAGUAGGCCGCAUCCCGUCUCCCAUGUGUUCCCCAGCCCUGAGAUGUGGGUCCGCUCACUCAGUUUGGGCAGCACCUCCAUGUCCAGGCUGGACCCUCUCAGGGGUGCGCCCCACAGUUCUGAGGAACCCCCCUCUCGCUCAUCGCCCCUCACCCCUUCGCCUCCAGCUACGGGGCAUCAGAGACUCCCAGUUUCACCUGAUCCCCGUCGCCAGGCAACCGUUCUUCCAGAAGUUCCCAGGUUCCCCGUGUGCUACCAGGAGGCUCCGCCCCCCCUUCCCGGCUCCGCCACACCCCGGUACCCCUCCAAUCCUCCAAACUCUGCACGGGACCGCCCAGCGCCACUUCAGCCUGGCCACGCCCCCCUCACACGGCAGGGUCCGAAGCAGGAAAGGGAGGCGCAGCCGGGUGCGGAGGAGGCCACGGAGGGGUCCGAGGAGGAGGAGGGGAGGGGGAGUUAUGCCAGCCAGAGCAGCGGUAGAGGGAGUCUGGGACCCCUCUCAGGUCACACCCCCUGCCCUUCCCCCUGCCCCUCCCCCACCCAACCCAGCUCACCACCCACCCUUCAGGAGGGCAAAGCAGGAGGAAGGAGGGUGUCAGUGGAUGAGAAUUAUGAAUGGGACACAGCCGAUGUUCACCUGGAGUCUGACCCCUGCAAGGCGUCACGCCCCCACCCAAACCAGGAGGGCGGGGCGUGGGACUGUCCGCGAGCUCCAGACCUCCACAGCAAAGGUGACCGCGUGAGCCUCUCGUCCUGUGUGGUGAAAUACCAGCUCUCCCCUGGGUCCCCCUGCUCCAGAACUCGUGACCUUGACUCUGUGUUAUUCUGACUGCCCACACGCACGCGUCUGCCCAGCCGUGUCUGUCUGUCUGCCCUGCUAGCACACGUGUCCUUCUACCAUCCCUGUAGCUUUAGACUCUUAUUCCUGUGUUGAGUCAGGAGAUGUCCUUAACUGACCCACAUUUAAAUGCAACUGCCAUUUUUUUUCCUCUAAAUCAUGGUUUGGUGAGCUCUGCAGUCAACUAAAUGAAAGAAAACUUAUACAUACUGUAUGUAAGGAAGACGCUAUUUGUAAGUCAAAGCUAAAGAUGAAUAUUUUUUGAUCCAGAUGUUAAAGCUUGAUAUAAUACUAGAAACAAAGACAGGAGUUGCUUUCUGUGAAUAAAACAAGAGGAAAUUGAAAGGUAAAUUGUGCAUUGAUGUUGGGAGAGCACAAUGUUUCCACAGUAUGGAAAUACUUACCAGGAACUGUAGACCUGCAAAAAUCACAAUUAACUAGUUUUCCAUGCCCUGCUUCAGACUGAGAGGCUUUUUUAACAAAUCAUUAUUUCCACAAAAAAUGUAUAUAUGCAUUUAUAUAUGUGUGUAUAUAUAUAUAUAUAUAUAUAUAUAUAUAUUUAAAUCAUAUAUAAAUUUUCAGUGGAAAUAAUGAUUUGUGUCAUCAUUUGAAAAUAACAUCUUGGAAGCUAUUAGACAUGAGAAACAGUAUGUACUGUAUGCUAUCUGCAUGGGUGACCCUGGUUGUGUUCAUAACAGCCUCCUAACUACUGUGUCCUCAAAGUAUGUACUAUCUACUAAAUAUGCUGCCUACAGUUUUUUUAGUAUGAGACAGGCUGUAUGCAAAAAAAUAUAAUAAUCCUUCAUCCUAUUCUCCAACGGUACUACGGAAGUGUCGUAGCACAUUCCACCCCUGUAGUAAAAAGGCCCCGCCACUUCCUCUCUGAUAUGUGGGACCCAAAGAUGGCUCCACCUUUUCCUCUCUGUGGGACCUCCUAAAAAUAUGAUUUACUUCCUGAAAAGUGUGGUCCUGAAUACGCACGUUGAAACCACCGGAAAGAAGUAUACCAUCUAGGGAUUUUAACUUCACUAUAUUUAGAGAAAACGUUGCCUACUUAACAGCUUUCUCAUCCAGUGUACUCUACUUACAUACUGUAUUAUAGUCAAUAGUAGGCAAGUGUGCUGUUUUGGAUUCAGCCCUGGUCUGUGAUUACUCCUGCGAUGGUCUGUACGGCGAGGAGUCUGUUCUGUUGAGUAUGCUGUCUGUCUAUUUUUCUCUUAUUACUGUUCAAAAUGAAAAACUAGGAGCAGAUCUUCAAACCUGUGACAUCACCAGUGACAUCACUGAUCUGUCAGGGCUAAUUGGAUGCCGUAUGACUCCAGGACUGCUGAUUGGACUGUGAGAUGUAUAGCCCAUGUCCCAGAAAUUCCGCAAUUACAGUCAUAUCCCACUGAAUGAAAAAACGUUAGUACAAGAGACCUAUAAAAUCACCCAAUUACAAUGUCCUCCAGCCACCAGUAAUCUGUCCAUCAAGGAAAGAUUUAUUCUGUAGUAGUGGAAACUUUAAUAAUGAGAUCAGCUGCACAGGUAAGAGGCAUAUCAUUGGAGGGUGUGCCACCCUGCACAGGGACUCUCCCACCAAUCAGCAGAAAGCUGUAACAAUGAAGGCACAAACCGUGCUAGAAGGCUGAGGCAGCGUGAGCCUUAUGCUGAAUGGUACUACUGUUUGCUCAUUGUUCAUCACUCACUUGUAAGAACCGAUCAGAUGUCUUUCUCCAUGACAAAAUUUUGGGAUCCGCCUCUCUUUGGGUUUCAGAAGCUGCCCUAUGCUGCCUCCAAAUUAUUUUCAAGAGUGAAAGUAAGGGUAGUGACACGUUUGUGGAAUUACAGUUCAGCUAAAAUAAUUUCAGUUUUCAGAUACUGUGGUACUCUGUCUUUGUGUGUGCGUUUUGAAGCCAUUUAGCACACUCACAGAAUAACUUCUAUCUUGUUCAUUAUGAGGAUUAUUUUUUAUGAGGAGCAGAAUGUGCUGUUCAUAUGUUUUAGCUUUUGCGGUAAAUGCUGGUAUCAGGGUUCUGAAGCCAUUGUUCUCUUUUAAUGAAAGGCACAUUAAUGAGAUCUUUCCAUUAAUUUCUUUCAAUACUGUCUGGUUUUAGCAGUGGUUUUGAUGCAAUCAAGUUUAUGCAUUAACUGUCUUCUGAUUAAUCUAUCUGCUGUAUCUGAUGGCUUAUGUUUUAUGUAGAUGUUUUCAUUUUUUAAAUUACUGAACCAUAUUUUUACUUUUAUGCAGGUUCGAUAUAUAACUAUAUAUAAAAAUAAAGGGUGAAUUUAUUUUGAAAAAAUAUUCUGUAUACAAAAUGUAUUAGUGUCUGCUUUAAGGAAAAAUAAGGUGCACAUACGGUGUUGUGCUCUGCUGAUUGUGUGUGGGUUUGGGUUUUCUGUUGCUGUUAUUGAUGUUAAAACUAUUUUUAUAUAUUUUCUUUUAAAAAGGAUUAAAUAAAGCAAUACAAUCA